UGCCAAUCAAUCCCUACCAACCAAAAUUGUCUAUAAAGGGUAUGCUUUGCAUUGAUCAAAGCAAUCAAACAGCUUCAUCUCCCAUAAUUCUCUAAACCCAUUUUCCUUAAACUCCAACAUUUCUUGAUUCAAAUUAGGGAAUCUUUGUUAGAGUGAUUGAUUAACAUGAGGAAGUUCAUCUUGGUUGCUCUAUUUUUGGCUCUGGUUAUUGGCCUGGCUGAGAGCUUUGAGUUUCAGGAGAAGGACCUGGCCUCUAAAGAGAGUCUCUGGGGCUUGUAUGAGAGGUGGAGGAGCCACCAUACAAUUUCCCAUGACCUCGGAGAGAAGGAAAAGCGCUUCAAUGUCUUCAAGGAGAAUGUGAAGCAUGUGCACAAGGUGAACCAGAUGAGCAAGCCUUACAAGCUGAAGCUGAACAAGUUUGCAGACAUGACCAACCAUGAGUUUGUGAGCUCCUAUGCUGGCUCAAAGGUUAGCCACUACAGGUCUUUGCAUGGCAGCCGAAGGGAAACUGCCUUCACACAUGAGAACACUGACAAUCUUCCACCAAAUGUUGAUUGGAGGAAGAAUGGAGCAGUCACUGGAGUUAAAGACCAAGGCAAAUGCGGUAGCUGCUGGGCAUUUUCAACUGUAGUUGCAGUGGAGGGUAUCAAUCAAAUCAAAACCAAGGCCCUAGUCUCUCUGUCUGAGCAAGAGCUGGUUGAUUGCAAUAGAGACCCCAACGAAGGGUGCGACGGUGGCUUGAUGGAAAAGGCAUUUGAUUUCAUAAAGAAAAAUGGCGGCAUAACAACAGAGCAGAACUACCCAUACAGAGCCAGUGAUGGGCCUUGUGACUCAACCAAGAUGAUGAAUGCUCCUCUGGUGCAAAUUGAUGGCUACGAAAACGUACCCGAAAACAACGAAAAUGCCUUGAUGAAAGCUGUUGCAAACCAACCUGUAUCUGUUGCAAUAGAUGCUGGUGGCAGAGACUUCCAAUUCUACUCAGAAGGUGUGUUUAAUGGGGACUGUGGAACAGAGCUAAACCAUGGCGUGGCAGUUGUGGGGUAUGGAGCAAUUCUGGAUGGGACCAAGUACUGGAUUGUGAAGAACUCUUGGGGAGAAGAGUGGGGAGAAAAGGGAUACAUAAGGAUCCAACGUGGAGUUGAUGCAAAAGAAGGGCUGUGUGGAAUUGCAAAAGAUCCCUCUUACCCCAUGAAGUCUUCCCCAAGCAACACAAAAAGAAGAAGCUCCUCCUCCUUCAAGGAUGAACUCUAAAGCUCUAUGCUAUGUGCUGCUGCUACGCAUGAUAUAGUAUAGUUUAGUAGAUUUCGUUUGCCAAUUUAGUUAUCAGUGAUCAAGCUUUGUCCUAAAAGAGGCAUAUGAAUCUUAGGUGCUUAUAUAUACAGUGUGUAG